AUGUAUCGCACAGCCUCAAAAAAGUCUACUGACAGAAAAGUAACCAAGGCUAUGCAAGAAGUCAAGACAAUCUCACAAAGCAACCUGCUUGACUUUGGCAGAUUCAUCAACGAUGCGUACGAAAAAACGGGUUCUACCGAUGCAGUUGAAAAAAAUGAUUCGCUACAAGAGCAAAAUUUAGUUGACAUUGACGAAGUCAACAAUCAAAGUACAAGAAGUACUGAUGAGAGUCUUACAGGAAAUACUGCACCAGCAACUGAGAUUCUGUCACAGCCAGGAACGUCAGGUCUCCACAGCACUCCAGUCUCCCUACAUGAUGACGAAUCUGUGAAUACGCCGCAAAAGCACCCACAAAAUGAUGCAUCCCAACAAGUAGGCAUUUGUGAUAAAACGCCUGAAGAAGCCAUUCCAUCUUCUGAUGUAGAAGACAAAGAAACGCCUUCCAAAGUUCUAAGUGAAAUACAUCCAGUGCCCAAACUACCAAAAAACCUGUCCAAAAGGAAACAAACAGCAAUCAUUCUCACUUCGCCGGAAAAUAUUGAGAAAAGAACAUUACUGGCAAAUAAAAGAAAUAUUAAAGCCGAAGCUGACAGUAAUAAACUCAAGAAGGCUAAAACAAAAGUGACUAAUACGAAGAAAAGGGAUGACCUUAGUAGAGUAAAAGGUAAAAAGGUGUUAAAGAAGAAGCCAAAGAAGAAUGCGUGGGAUUCAUCGUCUUCAGAUAGCAAUGAUGAAAAUAUGGAGACGUUUGAGGAGUCGGAAGAAGAGCUAUCUGAUGAGGAUCCAAACAGAUGUGCCGAAUGUACUGAAAACUAUUACCAAACACAAUCUACAGAGGAUUGGAUCCAAUGUCCCACUUGUUCAGCAUGGCUGCAUGAAUUUUGUACAAUAAGAAGUGAUGCUUAG